AGGUUUUCUACAUGUUUCAAAUCAACAUCUUGGGUGCUGCAUUCUUCAUUCGAUCGGACGUCCGAUUUUAGAAAUUUUUGUUUCCUUUCGAAAAACUAUUGUGUGGUGCUCAGUAACAAUUAAAUUCGUGAUUCUGAAAGGGGACACUUGUAUACACACACACACACACACACGCGUCAAAAUGGUUCUGCUCCGAAAAAUAUUGUCCAGCGCGAAGCGCAUUCCAAUGAUUAAGUUCCGGAAGGGAGGACCUUAUCCGGACAGUGCUAGUGCCGGCCAACAUGCAUCCGCUGCUUCCACAGGAGCCGGAGGAACCCAAACGAGAUCCGCUUCGUCAGGGGAAGCCAUUGAGGAGUGGCAACUGCCGGCUAGAUAUCGUAGAAAACAGAUUGAUGAGGUUGAAAUGGAAUGGAUUAACCGUGGAGGACCACCGGCAUAGUUUGUUUACUUUUAUCUUAGAAGGGGAUAAUCCUAGUCACUCAUACUGCACGCAAACACAUUCAUCAAUCGUCAUCAUCUGUAUACAAGUAUCUUCCCAUCAAUGCUCGCAGUCUGUGCGAUUCUGAAGCUCAAUCACGUUUUAGGGAAACUUUGAAUAAUCAAACUUAAAAGACGCUGUUUGGGUUUGUAGAAAGGAAUCUGUCGAUAUCAACGAAGGUGCUGUAACUAAAUUAACAUCAAAAUUAUACAAGUUCUCAUUUCGAAAUGGAAAUUACGUAUUCCUUUCAAUUGUCGUGUCUUGUAGAAUUUAAAAGCGAAGGAACAUCAUUUUUCUAUCAACUGCGGAAGACUAGUAUCCUAACUAAUUGUAAAAUUGUAUUUAUUACGUAUGGUUCAAAAAUAGACUUAUUACUUGCGA